CAGGAGGAGCCGUGGGGGCAGCGACGGCUCUUCGCCACCGACGCCGCCGAACGGGCUAGCGGCGGCCAGGAGCUCGGGCCCAGCGGCCAGGCGCUGGGUGGAGCGCCGCUGGCCUACGGGCCGCCCGGCUAUAGGUGGCACGACUCCGUGGUGGUGGGGCGCAUGUCUGCCUUGGCGUUGCGCUACUUCGCAUGGAGGGCCACGAAGAGGCCCAUGGAGGCGUGGAAGGCCCUCGUCGCCGCGGCCGGCGCCGGGGAGGCGGAGCGGGCGGGGCGGCAGCGCCGCCGCGCCCUGCAGCACUGGCGCGGCCACGCCGCCGCCCGCAGCGGGCACCUGCGCGGCAAGCUGCCGCUGCUGCGGGCCCUGGUGCGGCUGCAGCGGAGGGCCUUGGGCCCCGCCUGGGACCGGGUGCGGCACGCCGCGGCGGCCGGGAGGGACCUGGAGCGCAGGCUGCGGCUGCUCCACCUGAUCCAGCUGCGGACGCUGGACACAAUGGCCCGGGCGCGAUACUACCAGACAGGGCGGGGAAAUUUGCGAUGUGAAAG